UGCUUGCACUAUAGUCAUCCCCUAUAUACCUAUAUAUUCUUGCUGUCGCGUAUUUAGUACGCCUUCUGGAAAAAAUAAGUAUGGUGAUAGUCGCCGCUGCGGAAAACAAAGGAGCUGUCAUGUGAGACCGGGGAAGUGAUUUUUUAUUCUCCAAUACGACUAUUUACUCUUCAUAAUAAUUGCGAGAAUCGUUGCUACGUCGAGACGUGAACACCGGUUACAACUGCGAGAAAAAUGGGGCUGUGCAAGUGUCCGAAGAGAAAAGUCACGAAUCAAUUCUGCUUCGAGCAUCGUGUGAACGUUUGCGAGAAUUGUACGGUCACGAAGCAUCCGAAAUGUGUGAUCCAAUCGUACUUGCAAUGGCUUCAAGACAGUGAUUGCGAUCCAAUUUGUACAUUCUGCCAAGAAAGUUUGAGCAGCAGAGAUUGUUGUCGAUUAACAUGUUACCAUGUCUAUCACUGGGCGUGUCUGGAUGCUCACUGCAGAAGUUUACCAGAAUCGAAAAAUCCAGCAAGCUACAUUUGCCCAAUAUGCAAUGUUCGUAUCAUUCCACAGCCAAAUUUAGUAUCUCCAGUAGCAGAUGUUCUGCGGGAAAAACUUGCAGGAGUAAACUGGGCUAGAUCUGCUCAAGGGCUACCACUGUUGAGCUUUGAAAGCGAAGAAAAGCCAGAACACAGUCGCAAUGUUUUGGAGCCUGAAAAUGCUCAGUCUUCUGUGUAUCAAAAUCACAUAACUUCAUCCACUUCUCGUACAAGUAGCACAGUUACUCCAUCUGUUUCCACUCCAAAUAAUAUACACGUCAAUAAUCAGAAAUUGGGUCCGCCAUACUCCGUUGUUAACAUGGAGUCGAAUAUGGCCAUGUCUAACCCUACACCAAGGAAAGUUUUCGAGGCUUACGACGAUCCAAAAGAUUUUUCGUUUGAUCAUGACGAAAACAAAUAUCAAAGAAAAUCGGCAAUCGAAUGGUUCCUAAGGUGGUGGAAAUUGAUCACGAGAACUCCAGCGCGCAGAAGAAACACCGCGGGAUCCUUACACAAACGAUACGCGACUCUAAUAAUCGCUGGAAUGGCUUUGUUUAUCGUGAUAAUCAUGCUCUUCUCGUGGCUGGGUAAAAUGGCAACUGACGGCGAUCCUUCAUACGAUCCCAUCAAUAAUCCGUUGAUCAAUGUUAACGAAAACAGCGAGCCGCUUAAUUAAUUGUAAAUACAUUUGCCGUGUUCGGAUUACUGUUUAACAUUAUCAGAAUCAUUGAGUCCCAGUUAUGUAUGAGUAAAGCUGUGCUGAGCAAGGAAAAUUCAUUUGGACAAGGUAAAGCAAUUAACUUGAUUUGAGGCUGUGCAAGUUAAAAGUAACUUUUUUUCAAAUACUUGCUGCGCACAGAUGCGCGUAAGACUGGCGACGAGAACCGCGAAUUUAACAUAACUAAACGUAAGAGCAGAUGAGAAUACAUAAUGAUGUUAUGGAUAAAGCUCUAUUAUUUGGAGAGUUUGUUAAAAUGUAUCUUUUAAGAUAGAAAUUGUAUAAAAGUAUUUGUAAAUUAUAUUCCUUGCAACGGUAUUUUUGUUUUUCAUCGUCACAUUCUCGGUGCAGCGAAAGAAAAUCGUUGCAUUCGAAAUUCCCGUCAGCUGCUAAAAUUUAAGUGGGAUCCAAAUGAGCGUAGGAAUUUGCAAGGUUGGCCAUGAAAUAUUAAUAGGGCAGCCUGUAUAUUUAAGGCAGCUUCAUAUUUAUAUAUACGCGUACACAUACACAGACUCAUGGAUAUGUACAUAAUCAACGAAAAGUAAAAAUGCACGCUUGGAUCAGCGUUUGCGUAAAAAAAAGAGAAAACGAAAUCGAAACGUAUAGUCAUUUCGAUUGAAAUGAAAAGCCAUUGAAAAUCUGUGAAAUUUAGGCGAUUCCAAAUAUGUAUUUUAGAUUGUUGCGUUUAUACAUUAUACUUUUUUUUCUUUAUAUUCGCUUUUGAUGAGUAUCGCAGCUAUUACAAUCCAAUGAUACCGCGAAACAAAUUUUUUAUGUUAUUAUACACGUUAAGAUUUUAUAAAUAAAACUAAAUACAAAC